AUUAUAAAAUCUAUAUUGAUCUGUGAAUUGAAUUGAAAUGAAAAUUAUCGAAAAAUGAAGUUGGAGUUUUGCGAGUUUUAAGAAUUUUGCGGAUUUAAAAUAAGAGCCCUGAGCCACUUUAUUGCAAAAUUAAAAACUUUUCGUUUAUUUGAUCGAAAUCUUAAUAAAUCGACGCUUGAACUUGGUGUAAUAGUAUUUUGUUGUGUUAUUACUCUAGCGUAAUCAUCAUGAAUCCAAUAUCAAUGGACAGGGAUGAGCCUUCUUCCCUCACUUCUGUCUCGACUAAUCAUCCAUUGGAACAGUUUAUAUUACUCGCAAAGGGAGCUAAGGGAUCAGCGUGUGCGGAACUAAUCAAACAAGUGCUAGAGGCUCCGGGGGUGCACGUAUUUGGUGAAUUACUUGAAAUGCCCAACAUUAAAGAGUUAGAAACAGGACAAUAUGCCACACAUUUCAAAACGCUCAAUCUAUUUGCAUAUGGUACAUACAAAGACUAUUUGGAGAACAAGUCUGAAUAUCUAGAACUCUCUCAAGUGCAGUGUAAGAAGCUUCAGCAUCUCACUAUAGCUACAUUGGCCACACAGGAGAAGUGUAUACCUUAUAGUGUGCUACUCAAAGAAUUGGAUAUCAAAAAUGUUAGAGAUUUAGAAGAUUUGAUCAUUGAAGCCAUAUAUGCAGACAUAAUCCAUGGAAAAUUAGACCAAGAAUGCAAGCGUGUGGAAGUUGACGUGGCAUUAGGUCGUGACGCCAGGCUCGAAGACGCGGCAGCCAUUGCAGACGUGCUUGCUGAUUGGUGCAAUGCCUGCGAGGCGGUGCUGAGCUCUGUAGACCGGCACAUCCAGCGCGCCAACCACCGGAAACAGUGCGCCAUCCGACACCAACAGGCUAUUGAACAAGAGAUAUUGUACAUAAAGAAGACUCAAAAGACUCAAGGAGAGAAUGAAGAGUCAGCAUCUGGCGGUGGCAGUGAGUCCCACUCUGCUCCUAAGAAGAACUCUGGCAAAGGCAAGGGAGGCCGCUCUUGCGGGAAGUUCUGGCAGAAAAGUACAUAGCUCUGUAUAAUUUGUGAUAUAUUAAUAAUAAAUGUUUAGGUACUGUG